GCUUCCGUAGGAUGUCGUGGCGUGAGAAUGUAGGCUGAAGUUAUAUUAAACUGUCAUCACAUUCUUGUAGGAAAAAACGAGAUUUUCACGUUAAUUUUGGGCAGUGGUCUCACUGUUUAGGAACAAACGUAUUUGGCACCUUGCUCAAAGCAGUAAGAUGAGGCGUGCAGGGUUGGGUGAAGGAGCCCCUCAAGGAAAUUAUGUUGCAAGUGGGUACAGUGUUUAUGAGGAGGAGAAUGAACAUCUACAGGAAGGCCUUAGAGCAAAAGUAAACGCACUGAAGCAUCUAUCAAUUGACAUUGGAAAUGAAGUCAAAUACCAAAAUAAAGUGUUGGGAGAGAUGGACACAGAUUUCGAUUCAACUGGCGGUUUGCUGGGAGCCACCAUGGGCAGAUUGAAACUGCUGUCCAGAGGAAGUCAGACCAAAAUCUACUGUUACAUGCUGCUUUUUGCUCUCUUUGUCUUCGUAGUCCUUUACUGGGUGAUCAGACUGAGGUGAUAUAAGGACUAAUGAAUCUUACCCUUCUUUAGACCCACUCUCCCCUGUGUGCCAUGGCCCACUAGAUCGGAUGAUCAGACGGUUAUGACCAGGGUAGUGAUGUUAACAAUAAAGAUAAGGAUCGAGAUGACUGAGCACCAUUAAAAUCUUGAGAAAUCUUUAUCAGUUAUUGUGCAGUGCUGGAAGGAAAGAACUCUUACCAUGCCAGAAUUCCUCACUGCCACAAGUUAGUGAUUUUUAGAGUUAAAGGAUUUCAUUGCUUUUGGUUUCAGUAUUGCUUCUGAGAUACAAUCAUUUUGAUGCAAUAAUCAGUUUGCGUAAUUGCAGAUAUGCAGCCUGUUCUGGGAUUGAUGGUCCAAAUAUCUGACGUGUUUCACAACUGAAUGUGUGCAUCAUCUAAAUGUAUCAUUGUUAUUAACUGAAUACAACAAGGAUGUUUGUAGAAGUGAGCAGAUUUAAGCUACACUAAUGUAGGUUGAAUAGAGCACAGAGCAAAAAAUCAAACUGGCAAAAGCAGUGGCUGUUUUGUCAAGUUAAUUGUGGGUACUGUCAACUGCUAAGAGUAAUUUGGCUUUGCAUGGUGUAAACAUGAUAACGGGCUGGCCUUCAGGUCAUCUUAUACUUUCAGAAUCAUUAAGGAAGGUUGAGACAACAGCUACAACAAACCUCUGAAAUAUUUUAAUACUGGAUGCACAAAAGUAUUUUAAGCAGUUAUGAAAAGCCCAGGCUGAAACUUUUCUAUUUCUCUUUUCAAGGCAUAUUGUCAGUGCAUAUUAUUGAAAUUCUAUUUUGUGAAUAAUAUAGUGAGGCUAAUGAUGAGGAAAUAAAUUUGAUAUCAUCUUGUUAAGCUUACAGAUGCAUUUGUUUAUCUUUUCUGUUAAAUUGCUCUCAUUGCUGUUGGAAUAAUUAUUAUUAUAAUAAUAAUUAUUAAUCCAUAAUUAUUUGAACAUUCUAGGCUCUUUGUGCAUUGUGAGAAUAUUUUAUGAUGAAUGGAUAAAAAUUGUCCAAAUUUAAGACUUUUUACAUUAACAUACAUAUAAAGUUGUUUUUUCUCCCAUCUGCUGUUGCCAUUUUGGAGAAGCAAGGUUUUGUUCCAACAGUAGUGAAAUAUAGAGCAUCUUAGUUAUCUCUGUAAUAAGAAUGCAUAUUUUUUUUGUUGUAUUUCUUACUAGUGAUAUGUAAGUAAGGAAACUGGCAUUAAAUGUUAAUUGAAGAGCAUGAAUGUUAUAUAUAUACUUUGUGUAAAGAUUUAAAUACAUUAAGGUGUGCAGAAGAUUUAGUCAGGUUAUAUAAAAUAAAUGUCAGUGUCCUGCAAAAACUUG